GAUUCACUUCACUAACUAGCCUAAUGCUAGCCAAUCCUUUAGCCUGCUAGCAGCCAGGGUACUUCCCAGACCCCGCACGCCAGAUCCCGUUAGCAUAUCGUUGGAUUUAACGGAUCUUGGCUCACCGGUAUGUUUGCGUCCUGCUGUAGCUGGUUGUGCGUGGACUCGGCUGAUGUUGAACAGUCUGGUGGAGCUGAUCGGUCCUACACCAACUCGGCCUUCAGCAGUCAGCCGUCUCCUGCUGCACCUCAGCACACCUGUAAGGCCUGCGGGGGGGGCUUCGACACAACCACCAAGGAGCAUGUGUGUGUGGACUGUAAGAACAACUACUGCAGCCGUUGCUCUGCCCAGCUGGAGCCCCGCCCCCGCCUCUGUCACACCUGUCAGCGUUUCUACGGCAACCUGCUGGAGCGGGCGGAGCUAAUGAAGCUGAAAGUGAAGGAGCUCAGGGACUACCUGCACCUGCACGAGGUCUCCACCCACCUGUGCAGAGAGAAGGAGGAGCUGGUGGAGCUGGUCCUCAGUCAGCAGCCUUCAUCGUCCAGCGGCUCCGCCCCUGAGACCCCGACCACUGACCCCCUCUGUGACCUGACCCCUGACCUGACUCCUCACAUCUCCACCUUGACCCCUGACCCCCCCACCCCGGCCCUAACCCCUGACCCCCCCGCGGCACAGGCAGAAGCCCUGGCCCCGCCCACAGAGACCGCCCCCGUGGAGCUCGACGUUCAGGACGAAGACCAGACCUGGGACCCGGAGGAGGCCCCGGUUUCGGGUCGCAGGGCAUCGCUGUCUGACCUGAGCUGUCUGGACGACAUCGAGGCGCUCAGCGUCCGACAGCUGAAGGAAAUCCUCGCCAGGAACUUCGUCAACUACAAAGGCUGCUGUGAGAAGUGGGAGCUGAUGGAGAGAGUGAGCCGGCUGUACCGGGACCAGCAGAACCUGCUGGCUGCCAACGCUGUGAACGCUUCAGAGUCGGGCGGCGGCGGCGGUGCUGCUGGUCUGGAGGAGAACCUCUGUAAGAUCUGUAUGGACUGUCCCAUCGACUGCGUCCUGCUGGAGUGUGGUCACAUGAUCACCUGCACCAAGUGCGGCAAGAGGAUGAGCGAGUGUCCCAUCUGCCGCCAGUACGUCGUCCGAGCCGUCCACGUCUUCCGGUCCUGAGCGCGCCAGCGCUGACCGGAGCCCAGGACCGACCGUCUCCAAAGCAAUAACCUGCAGACCGAUGCUCCUGAAGGGACCUACAGACUGAACAUGUUUCUAUUUUUCUAGUGUAAAUAAGACGUAUGAAGAAUGUAAGAAGUGACCUUAUCUGACCUUCAGACUGCAGAGCCGCCGUUUGAAUACAAACGCUGAAUGUACAGGAGGUGAUCACGUCUCUGAAUUAUGAACUUUAACCUUUAAACUCACCGGCCGAGAGCCCUCUGUGCCUUCGCCGCCUCUGUCAGUCCUGCUCAGCGCGCAGAAGGUCGGCAGUAUCGGGAUGAAAUCUACCAAAGAGAAUCGUGGCGUUACCUCGACAGGCGAGGCCUUUAACUUACUGGAAAACGAAUUACAGCCUACGCUUUGUUUACAGCCUGCCGUGAGUUUACGCUGUGAAAAUAACUAAAUCAAGUUCAAACCUAUAAGGACACGGUGGUCCCACAAUGCAACACUCACAUAUGAAAGUUCCCGUCUGAUAUCAGCCUUAUCUUCUGUUUACUCAGCGAUUUUCGGUGUAACAGAAUCCACACUGGUCAUUAAAGCUGCUUCAGACCAGCAGCCAAUCGGUUUAGCAGCAGGAUAAUGACCUCUGCACACACUGAGCCCCGCCCACAGCCUCAGGUGAUUGGUGCUCCACCUGUCAAUCACACAUUUACCUUCAGGCUUGCAGGUGAACGUCCUGCAGCAGGAAGGUGCGUGCUGACAGUCUUAAUUACUGGAUAACGAACCAGAUCAGCGUGUUCAACAACUCGCGUUUACGUAACAUCUCGGACCGUAUCGUAGACUAAACCCAAGCUGUUCUACAUUUAUGGUUGUGUUUUCCUUUCCUUUAGGGCUCUGGUCCCAGACUUUGUCCUCACGAGAUAAAAAUUAUCCAGUAAUUCAUAAAUUACAAAAAGAGCCUGAAAGAAUUCACCCAGUUUUUAUUAUAACGUUCACGUCUCAGGUAUCUGACGAGCUCGUGGCGAGGUUCUGACUCCCAGCUUUGAUGGAUUCGUCUGUUUCCAUGACACAAUGCAGUUGAAGUGCAGAUGUUUAAAGUCAACGACAAUGUAAGAAUGUACUAAAAUCAUCACUGGGAUCAGAUGCACAACUCAAGAAAGUUCAAAUAGUCUAAGAAUGCAUUUUGAUUCGGUUUGGAGAUGAAACCAGUGGCCGCCUGGAGCAGCGUCAACGUCCACUUACUAGCUUGUUUCGGAGAACUUCUCUUUUAGCAUUUUAACGAGCAAACGGACCUUGAGGUGAGAUUAUGUCAACAGGGUAACACAGCAGGAUGUAAAAUGUUUAGCGAUGAUAGAAAGUACUUUAAUUCACAUGCCUGUAAUUUCCGAAUAAUUCUAAUAAAAGAGGUUUCCUGGUAAGAAGAAGAGUAAUUAAGCACUAAUGACAGGAAAAGUGUCACAUUAAUACAAUUAAAGGGAAUUAUUUCCAAAUAAUGGAGAAUAAAACGUUUAAUAAUAAAUGAAUAGUUAAUAAAUGUUCUUUCAAUUCCUAUUUGUCCUUUAAUUAGUGUGAUGAUUAUUUUUUCAGUCUAAAAUAAGUCAGAAAACAGUCCUCAGAGUCCGAGCUGACGUCUUCAACGUGACCAACAAUUCAAAACCCAAAGAUAUUCAGGUCAUUACUGUAGAAGACAAUCCACACCUGUAGCGGUGAAUCGAUUAGCAUAAUAGUUGCAUUAAUUUUCAGUCGAUCGAUUAAUCAACUAAUCAGUUCUGUGCUGGAAAUCACCUAGAAAUUAUUAGGAAAUUUCAGGCACAUAAAAUAAAGUGUUUUGUGUCAUUUGUGUGAAAAAUUUGGCAUACAUUCGGACACGUGCGAUAUUAUAGAGUCAGCUGUUUGCCGACACUAAUCGCGCCCCCCGCACGCAGACUAACUGCUUGAGUGAACAGGAGCCACCAGGGGCAGCAGAGACAGGAAACACCCCCCGUCACGUACAGUGCCUGACCAAACAGCCCCACCAACGCAGAUGUUUUUAAUGUUGUGCUAAGCUAGGCUAGCAGUUUCCCACUGCUCCCAGUCUUGGUGCUAAGCUAAGCUGCUCAUGAGGGCUGUAGCUUCCUAGGAGGUAAUUUCCUCUUUAUUUUUUCAGUGAAUUUGAGGGUUUUAGGGACCUUUUUUUAUAUUCUGUGGUUAAAAUAUAUAGUUUUUAUGGGGGGAGGCUAAUUCCAGUGUUUUUGGACUCAGCAUGUUAAAAUUUGUAACAAAUUUUAGGGCAAUAAAGGAUUCCUGCGAGCGUGGAGAAGCUUUGAAACAGCAUUUAACUGGAAAAUAAAAUGGUAAUAUUCAGCGUUUUCCUGAUAAUUUCCUCAGAAGUUUCCUGGAAAGAACUCCGUAAUCUUACAGUAAUUAUAAAGAAAAGUUGCAGAAAAUGUACAGGAACUUAAUUCCUGGCCUGGACCUCCAGCUUCUCUUGUGACUCUGGAAAAGACGGAGAACAAGAGGAUUUCCAAAAUGUUGGACUGUUCCUUUUAAAUCUAUAUCAGGUUUAACAGAAACAACAGAGGCCCCAGGGCGCUUCCCUGAGGGGCCCCACAGGUUAUUAAAGACAGAGAACAAGAGGAUUUCCUAAAUGUUGGACUGUUCCUUUUAAAUCUAUAUCAGGUUUAAUAGAAACAAGAGAGGCCCCAGGACGCUUCCCUGAGGGGCCCCACAGGUUAUUAAAGACAGAGAACAAGAGAGUUUAUGAAUCUUUACCAGCAGACUUCCUCUGUGUGUUGUUGAACAGAAACCUCAGCAGUUCAACUCUGGUUUGAAGUUGACUUUGUGUCUUGUUAUGACUCUGUUUGCACUAAUCUGUUGAUGCUGAAACAUGUUGAACUUCUUUAGCCGAUUUGUUUUGGUCAAGAAGAAGAAGAACUUGUCGAGAGACGAUGCAGGAGAGAUAUUUUGUCCUUUUAUUGUUCUUGAGUUUUUGUUCUUGUGAGAUCAUUAAGGCUUAUUUUUGUUGUGAAUAUUUUUGAUUUUCUCUUUUUUUGUGAAAUGAUGGUUGAUGCUCUUUGUUUGAUCGCACAUUGAAUCUGUAAUGUUUGGCUUCCGGGGCGUACAGCGGGAUCACGACGGCUCAGCCGCGGUGCAUUAAGUUUCACUGCACUUUGAUUUCUCGGUGAAUAAUGUCGUAAUCACAUCACUGUGAGAGUUUUAUAUUAUCAAACUUCCAUUAGACAGAAACACACGACCCUGUUCUCUUCUUCAGGUAUCUGUUAGCAUUGUUAGCCGAGACCAACACAGCUAGAAGCUAACGUUUUGUUUUGUUUUGUUUUUUUAUUCAGUGGUUCCCAAACUUUUAGGCUUGUUUAAAAUAAAGCCUACUUUCUACCCCUCGUCACAGGUUUUUAGAAAUCUGAAUCUUGUCUUUUUUUGAGUAAUUGUUUCAGGAUCAAAGCGGUGAAACAAUCCAAUAUUUCCCAAAAUAAGAUUAAAGUCCACAAAAAAAAGAUUUCAGAUUUGUGCAGCAGGUUUUAUAUUUUCCUUUCGACUUGUUGUCAGAUCUAACUUGUGACCCACUGGAGGGUCCCGACCUCCCCCGGUUGGGAACCAGUGCUUUAGCCUCAAUGAGAACGCUAAAUGUCCGGUUCUGUUUUAACUCCUCACUUUAAUCACAGUUCAGCUACUCCUGUGAUGUUCUUUAAACUUUACUGGAAUCUGUUUAAAAAUGAAAUAUUUUAGAACUGAGCAGAAAAAGAAGAAGCUUUAGUUUUCUGAGUGAACUUUGACGAAUAAUUUUGUAAUAAAAACUGAUUUUCUUCCA